AUGUCAAGUAUGUUGCUGGGUGCAAAGGAUGAAGAGCUGAGCAAGCCGUUGCUUGUCAGCAGCGGUGCGAAGCCAUGGUGCCAUAAGGGUACGUGUUUGGGCGUGGCUUUGGCAAUGGUCUUUGCUUGCACGGUAGGUGUGGCAGUGGGGCAGCAGCCCCUGCUCAAUUCCUCAAUCAAGAAGAAGUUGGUGAUGCUUGUUGCCAUGCAGGACAAGUCAAGCAUUGUCCAUGGAAUUGAGGGCACACCGAACUAUGGCCACCUGACAUCUUCUGACUUUCCAAAAUCGCGUCCUUGGGUUUACCUGAACUUCGUGGAUUGCAUGGGUGAUUUCUGGUUGUGGGCGCCCAUCAUGACAACCUUUUCAAGCACCGUAUACAAGAACGAACAAAGGCUUUGUUAUUGUGCCUAUAUCAAUAGCACAUCGGCUGCAGAUGCUCAGCACCGCAACAAGAUAGUCAGCUGGUGUGUGGAGGAUUAUCAGGGGAACAGUCACGCAGCUGAAACCUGCUUUGCAGACGUGUGCCCGAGCGCAGUCCAGAAGUGCACGGACCCCCCCUGCUUCUAA